CCCGCGCUGACCUUGGCUGCAGGCUGCGAUGACGGUGUGGUUGCAGGUGAGGAAAGUCAUCCGAGCAGAGAUUCAACUUGAAUGCUACUUUUCCCCCGGAAUAGGGCUCUUGACGAGCCAUUCUUCUCUGCCCGCUUUAGACAAUGCCCUUCAAACGCCAGUUGAGUCUUGACUGACCCAUCGAGCAAGCCAUGUCGGCAAUGUUUCGUCCCACACGAGUUUUAAGACCUGAAAUCCCGCCGACAUGAAGCUAUAAAAUGCCGGACAACCCUCGAGUCAAGGUUGAAGAACAAACCAAGGCCACAACAUGACGCGCUCUCAUCUCGGCGCAUUGGGCGUCCUUGCGGCCUCCUUGUCUCUGGGACAAGCUCGCUCCACCUGGUCUUUGGGGAAUGGAUUCGAACUCGCCUGGCAGCCCGACCUGCACCAGGUGUCCAUCCUCCAACACAACCAGACCGUCCUCAGCACCGUGCCCGGGCAAAGCUUUCUCAGUGCUAGUGCCGGGCAAGAUCAGAUUGUCGACUCGAGUGGGAAUUUCAAGAUCACCAGUGUUGACCAGGGCCGCUGCCAGGGCCAGAACAUCACCGAUGUCGCGCGGUCGACUCGAUCAGACAGUCUGGGCCACGGAGUGACGGUGCAAGGCUACCUGCUCAACUGCAGCAACCAAGACAUCGCAUACUCGAGCAGCUUCUGGGUUCCAGCUAAUCUGUCCGAUCGGGUCGCCUUCGAGGCGACCGUGGAUGCAGGCCGCGAUGCCAGCGCGCCGAUGGAGCGACUCUACCUCACCUUCAACUCACACCCCUCAGAGGACUUCUAUGGCCUGGGAGCCCAGGCCUCCUUUGCCUCGAUGAAGAACCAGACCAUCCCAAUUUUCUCCCGUGAGCAGGGGGUCGGCCGUGGCGACCAGCCCUACACGGCCAUCGAGGAUUCGCAGAGUUUCUUCAGCGGAGGCGACCGCUACACCACCUACACUGCGAUUCCGCAGUACAUCAGCUCCGACGGCCACGUCUUCUACCUGUUGGAAGACGACAGCGCGUAUGCAGCCUUUGACUUUCGCGAUCCCGACAGCGUCACGGUCCGCUACGACGCGCUCACCGUGCAUGGACACUUCAUGAAGGCGAACAGCAUGCUGGAGGGCAUUACCAUGCUCACCGAGUACACGGGACGGAUGCCCUCGUUACCCGAAUGGGUGGACCAGGGCGCUGUCCUGGGCAUCCAAGGCGGCCAGGACAAGGUGAACCGCAUCGUCGAACAAGGGCUCCAGCACGACUGCCCCGUCGCGGCGGUCUGGCUGCAAGACUGGUCCGGCACGCACCUCCAAGCCGCGCCCUACGGCCAUAUCAACAUCUCGCGCCUGUGGUGGAACUGGGAACCAGACACGAGUCUGUACCCGACGUGGAGCGAGUUCGUGCAGGACCUGCGCAGCGAGCACAACGUGCGCACCCUCGCCUACGUCAAUCCCUUCCUGGCCAACGUGAGCAGCAAAUCCGACGGCUACCGCCGCAACCUCUUCCUCGAAGCCACCCAGCACCACUACACCGUGCAAAACACGACGACCAACACGACGGCCAUCAUCUCCAGCGGCAAGGGCAUUGACGCGGGCAUCCUAGACCUGACCAAUCCGGCCACGCGGCAGUGGUUCGCCGCCGUGCUGCGCGACCAGGUCUGGAGCGCCAACAUCUCCGGCUGCAUGUGGGACUUCGGCGAGUACACGCCGAUCACGUCCGACACGCGCCUCGCCCAUCUGGCCCCCGGCGAGGACGCAUUCCGCUACCACAACCGCUACCCGCGCGACUGGGCGGCCUUCCAGCGCGCUGUGGCGGCCACCACGCCCCUCGCCGCGGAGAUGGUCACCUUCCACCGCUCCGCCUCCAUGGGCGCCAACCGCCACAUGAACCUCUUCUGGGCGGGCGAUCAGGCCAUCACCUGGACUGUCAACGACGGGAUCAAGUCCGCCGUCACGAUCAUGGGCCAGAUGGGCAUCUCGGGCUACGCGCACAGCCACUCGGAUAUCGGCGGGUACACCACCAUCUUCGAGCCCCCGCACGUAUCCAACUCCUCCGGUGCGAUCUCCCGGUCCCCGGAGCUGCUGGGCCGAUGGGGCGAACUCGCCGCCGUCAGCAGCGCGUUCUUCCGGUCCCACGAGGGCAACGUCCCCCAGGUCAACGCGCAGUUCUACAGCAAUGCCUCCACCUACAAGUAUUUCGCGUACAACGCAAGGAUGUUCAAGGCUUUGGGUCCCUACCGGAGACACGUGCUGCGGACAGAGUCCGAGACGAAGGGGUGGCCGCUGCUGAGGAUGCCGGUGCUGUAUCACCCGGAGGAUGCGCGGGCGCGGCAGAUCAGCUACGAGAGUUUCUUUUUGGGGAGGGAUCUGUAUGUGGCGCCCGUGCUGGAUGAGGGGCAGCGCAAGGUGGAGGUGUAUUUGCCUGGAGGGGAGGCCCGUCGCUCGUAUCUGCAUGUGUGGUCUGGGGCCCGGUAUCGGGCGGGCCAGACGGUGACGGUGCAGGCGCCGUUGGGCAAGCCGGCGGUGUUUGUGGUCGAUGGGGCCAGUAGUCCCGAGUUGGAUGUGUUUUGGGAGUUUGUGAGGAGGGAGAAUGAGACGGUGCUGGGGGUUUAAUUAGGUUGCGUUGCUGGAGAGGGAGAUGCUGUACUGUUUUAUAGGUAGAUGGGGGGGUGAUCUGGACUGAGUGGUCGCAUUGGAGUGUAAGUUAGGCAUGUUAGGGCUUUCUUCACCGCUGCCCAUUUAUCGGUAUAAGAGUCUCUGCACCACAAUGGAUGGGGG